AUGCAGGGGAACCGGCAGCCGAGGGUCCGCUCUGGGAACCAGUCUCAUCCUGCGCCCGCCAUGAAGCCGGCAGGUCGCGGGGCCUGGGCCCACAGCCGCGCCGCGCUUGACCGGCUGGAGAAGCUGCUGCGCUGCUCACGCUGCACUAAUAUUCUGAGGGAGCCUGUGUGCUUAGGCGGAUGUGAGCACAUCUUCUGUAGUUAUUGUGUAAGUGACUGCAUUGGAAGUCAAUGUCCAGUGUGUUAUACCCCAGCCUGGAUACAAGAUGUGAAGAUAAACAGACAGCUGGACAGCAUGAUCCAGCUCUGUAGUAAGCUUCGGAAUUUGCUGCACGACACUGAUCUUUCAGAUUUGAAAGAAGAAACAUCUAGGAAACGUUUAUUUAAAGAUGCACAAAGUAAGAAGAAUUCAAUAAAAAUGUGGUUUAGUCCUCGAAGUAAGAAAGUCAGAUAUACUGUGAGUAAACUUUCAGUGCAAACCCACCCUUCUGUGAAAAAUGAUGAAAAUGCUCAGCAGACCUCCAUGUACGAAUUUGUCUCUAUGACCCCUCCGGUGGAGGUUUCUGAGAGGCCUAAGAAGCCUUCCACAAAAUCUAGAAAAAAACAGAAAAAGAAAACCUUAGCUGAAGUCAACCAAAAAUGGAAUUUAGAGGCAGAAAAGGAAGAUGGUGACCUUGACUCCAAAGAGGAAAGUAAGGAAAAGCUGGUAUCCUUCUGUAGCCAACCAUCUGUGAUUCCUAACCUGCAGAUAAAUGGUGAAAUAGACUUACUAGCAAGUGGGUCCGUUACAGAAUCUGAAUGUUUCGGAAGCUUGGCUGAAGUCUUUUUACCAUUGGCUGAGCAUAUAGAGUCUCCAGAAAUUGAAAGCAAGGAUGAAGUAGUGACUCCUGAAAAGACAGUCUCUGCAAACUGUCUUCCAUCCGAGAAAUCUUUGCCAUCAGGUUGUAAUGGGAAGCGUGGGCAACACAACAGAAUUUCCAGUCCUGUUUCUAAGAGAUGCAGAAGCAGCAGUCAGAGCACUGGUGGAAACUCUGUUAAGCCAGCAGUGCUCUCAGAAAACAUGCCAUUGCCUGCAUGUUCUUCACCACCUUCAAACAAAAAAGCUGGGGACACAUUAAGGAGGAGAAGCCAUACUAUCUUGGAUGAAUCCAUUAGCCUGUCACCAGGUACGCCGCCUUCUGCCCUGAACAGUCCAAGUUACAGACGAAUGAUGUGUAGUCCCUCAGCAACAAAGCUGUGGCCCAUUAGCCUUACAGCUGUGAAGAGAAAUCAUCGAGGAGAGACUUUGCUCCAUAUUGCUUCAAUUAAGGGCGACAUCCCUUCUGUUGAAUACCUCUUACAAAGUGGAAGUGACCCCAAUGUUAAAGACCAUGCUGGAUGGACACCAUUGCAUGAAGCCUGCAAUCAUGGGCACCUGAAGGUGGUGGAAUUGCUGCUCCAGCACAAGGCGUUGGUAAACACCACUGGGUAUCAGAACGACUCACCCCUUCAUGACGCAGUGAAGAAUGGGCAUGCGGACAUUGUCAAGCUGUUACUCGCCUAUGGAGCCUCCAGGGAGGCAGUCAACAUAUUUGGUCUGCGGCCUGUGGAUUAUGCAGACAGUAAAGAUAUGAAAUCACUGUUGCUGCUACCGGAGAAGAAGGCGUCCUCAUCAAUCAGCCAUUGCUUAGUAGUAAACACUGGUCAGCGUCGGGAUGGGCCUCUUGCACUUAUAGGCAGUGGACUUUCUUCUGAACAACAGAAAAUGCUCAGUGAGCUUGUAACGAUUCUUAAGGCUAAAAAAUGUGCUGAGUUUGACAGUACAGUAACUCAUGUCAUUGUUCCUGGUGAUACAGUUCAAAGCACCCUGAAAUGUAUGCUUGGAAUUCUCAGUGGAUGCUGGAUCCUAAAAUUUGAAUGGGUGAAAGCAUGUCUACAAAGCAAAGAAUGUGAACAGGAAGAAAAGUAUGAAAUUCCUGAAGGACCACAGAAAAGCAGGCUCAACAGAGAACAGCUGUUGCCAAAGCUGUUUGAUGGAUGUUACUUCUAUUUGGGGGGAACCUUCAAACACCAUCCAAAGGACAACCUUAUUAAGCUUGUUGCUGCCGGUGGGGGCCAGAUCCUCAUUAGAAAGCCCAAGCCAGACAGUGACGUGACUCAAACCAUCAAUACAGUUGCGUACCAUGCCAAACCUGAUUCUGAUCAGCGCUUCUGCACACAGUAUAUCAUCUAUGAGGACUUGUCUAAUUAUCGCCCAGAAAGGGUUCGGCAGGGCAAAGUCUGGAUGGCUCCUUCCAGCUGGUUUAUAGAUUGUGUGAUGUCCUUUGAGUUGCUCCCUCUUGACAACUGA